AUGCUUCUCUUUCAUUUGUCUUGGCAACCUUUGUUUCGUUAAAUUAUUGACAGUAUUUACCAAAAUGCUGAUGACUACACCAGAGUUCUGCGAACUAAUACCACUAACACUCAGGUUGGCCUCGCUGCAGUUGUACGAGGUCUUUCUGGAGCCGUCGAACUUCAAUGUGGUUCCGAAGAAGCCGCCAAUUCCGUGUGCAAGAGUCGUGGGUGUCGAACGCGUCUGACAACCGUUGCCACACCAACAGACACCGAUCCCUCUGCUGGCUUAACCAAACCAUCUCCCGGAAUAUCCUCUUCGGGGCCAAUCGUACGAACUUUGUCUGACUGUUGGUGCAACGGAGGUGAUCCAGUUCCGCCUACUAAUCAACCAAUUGAUUGUUCGAGUCCUGAUGCUUGUCUAAACGGUGGCUUUUGCAGUAUCAUGCCGGGAACCCAGACAACCCACUGCGAAUGUCCUGUGGGAUUUUCUGGGCGACGUUGCGAACAAACACAAGUCUAUUUCACUGGUGAAGGUUACGCCUGGGCUCCGAGUAUUGGGAGUUGUACUCAACUUCACAUUCAACUUCAAUUGAUGAUUUCUAGCCUAAACGAUCGACCAGGUCUAAUAAUGUACGCUGGACCGAUUAGUCAACUGUCAACCUCUGUAGUGUACCCAGAUUUUAUUGGUCUUCAAUUGGAGUCUGGAGGACGAAGACUCACUUUGGCUUACAGCUUAGGAAGGCGUGGUAUUAUGUCGGCUACUUACACUGCCAAUUUUCGAUUGGAUGAUGGCGGUUGGCACCAAAUUGAUAUUGUGUUGAGGCAAAAAUUGGCUAGCACCGAAGUAACUUUAAUGGUUGACGCCUGCGGUAAAAGUAAGGGAGUGUCUCAAAUUAAUGGUCUGGAAUAUCCUCCAAGUUUGGUUGAUUGCCUCUUCACUCUUUCGCACAAUCUCGGAGUCGAUCGGGCUCUCAAUGUGGAUCAAUGGCCUCUUCAAUUAGGAGGUCGGAAAGUUGCCAAUAUUAAUUCCCUCUAUCCAUCGCAGUUGACUACACAUUCCCUUCCUGCUGGCAGCGCCUUUCGACGUGUUUUAGUUAACGGCGAACUCUGGAAUCUUGCGCAGUGGGGGAGACUCAGUGAGAACGCUCUACCCUCUCCGCCAGUUUGUCUCAAUAAAAAAGGCCAGGAUAAAUGUGCUCCAAAUGGCGUUUGCGAGGUGGAAAGUGGUCGAGCUGUAUGNCCACCUCAUCCGGUUUCAAAGCGGGAUUUGCCGACUAAAUUGCCAAGGCUGUCACAUUUGAAGAAUUUGCAUGGAAAAAUCAUUUGGCAACUAGAAAUGGACGAAGGAGCGUGCCCUUUGCAGUUUGUUGCAAUGGAGAUAAUUGAAAAGAAUCACAGAGGUAAUUGGUCCCCCGGUUCGUACUAUGUCAUUAUGGGCGUUUGCGAGGUGGAAAGUGGUCGAGCUGUAUGCAAAUGUCGUCAGGGCUACCAAGAGGAGAGAGGGAACUGUGUCGAAUGGAAGUACUCUGUUGAGCUCGGUCCAAGCCCAAGUUACCUCGAAUUGACGUUAAAAUCUCAGUUGAUUGACCAAGUUCAAACUGACGUGACUUUUGACUUUCGCACUCGAAGUGCCAAUGGAACUUUGAUUUACCUCGGAGGGCCAUACCCUAAUUAUUUUAUUAAUUCGUCAAUGGAUAUUCGGUUAUUCAAUACGCGGCUGGAGGUCUCGGUGAAUUUGGGCGACUUUAACACGCUUCUAGUAUCGCCGGCGAGGUCCCAAUUAAAUGAUGGAGCGUGGCAUCAUGUACGAGUCUUCCGAUCACUCUCCUCCCUUUUUGUUGAACUUGACGAUGGUGCAGGACCAGGAUUGACUGCUUUUCUUCCUCUUGAUGUAACUUCCAACUAUCUCAAGAUGUCCAUCGGGAGAAAAAUCCUAAUUGGAGCUCGACGGGACUUCGUUCCGGAUACUCCCGCUCUUAGCAACGGUGAGGUACGCCCAGCUGAUUCAAGUAUCGGUGAAACGUGUUUCCGAGAUCUUCAAAUUGGCGGAAAGUGGUAUCCUCUCAGCUUGGCUGAAAUUUCAGCAGCCGGUGAAAACAGUCAGGUUAUCAGUAUCAGCAGUUUUGGAACCAAUCUUGAUGCGUGUUCGGAUCUUACCGCCUGUCCACCGAAUGCCAAUUGUGCAGGGGACCGCACGUGCGUCCCUACUUGGAAACCUCCUGGAGGUUAUAUGUGUCUGUGCCGGUCGGGUUGCGUUGAGGGGUCUGGAAGUAGUUGUCACUGCUUGGCAAUCUGCUCACGAUUCCCUUGUCAGAACGGAGGCACUUGUCAACCGUCGAUAGUUGACCGUAGAGGAUUUGUAUGCCACUGUCCGGAGACGCAUUUUGGAUUGUACUGUGAGGAGGAAGUUAUGAGGGCAAAUCUCAGUGUUGGGGGUUUUAUUGGAAUCAUUUUGGCCAUUGUGUGUUUCGUAGGCUUGGUAAUCGGCGUUAUUAUUUGGCGAUGUCGGCGGAAAAAGACCCCUCCCCAGAUCUCCCCAGACAAAGAUCUUCGAGAAUAUGUCAUGCCUUAUGCAGAGAAAGCAGAUGAGAUUGAUACACAUAGUUUCGAUGAGAGAAAACUCAGAAUGCCUGAACUGCCACCUCCUUUGUUCCCAAGUAAGUCGUUCAUCGUGAUUUCUCCACCUAAGACUUUUGGCAAUUACUUUAGGCUGACUGUCGAUCCACAUUUAACUUAA